GUCGCUUGGUGAUGACAUCACAACUAGUCGCCUUGUAGUUUCCCGCCUGAGCGGUGCCGAAAGUCGGCGGUAGAAUUUCAAAUAAAAACAGCGGAAUUUCAUUUUCUGCCAGUAACUAUCGGUUUUGCCUUGGCUACAUAUUUUGGGAGGUACUAAUAACGAAGAAAAAAAAGAACGCAGACGGGCCCAGGCUACUCGCUCAUUUACGUGCUUCCCGAAGCCUCGCUUAUUAGCUGCUAGCAAGAUGAAGCUCGAGUUGUCUCGUGUUCUCCAGGGAGGAGGCCGCCUGGGUGUCCUGAAGGGGCUCGGCAGGACCGGACAGCACUCCCUAGAGGUACCGGGCUGUCUGCUAUACACACGCUGCGGUACCGUUCCGCACCUGACCCACGAUACGCUGCACAGCCUCGACAAGCUCCCCUCGGUCACUCAGGUCACGCUAGACCAUUUAGCAGAGCACCAAGAGGUUUUGGAGGAGUUCAAAGAAGGAUUUAAGAAGUUUUCAGGUCUUCAUGACACCGUUUUGUUUUGCUCGCUGCAUGACCCCGCGACAUCUAGCCCAACCGGUUACACAACCAGCAAGACGGUGUCCGUGUGGGCAAGCGGCGGGCGCGUAGAGCUAACGGCAGCCAAGUUCAUGGCCCUGCAGAAGCUGGUGCGGCCCGACUGCUACGUGAGCAUGGCUGACGGUGAGACCUGGCAGGACAACACUUCCCGCAAGAGGGUCCGCAAGUCAGUGGAGCGGACCCUGGCUCAUUUGGACGAGUGUCUGCUGGUGCACCAGGCGUCGCAGGAGCUGGAGGGAGCGGCGCUGUUCGGGUCGGUGGAAGGAGGAGAUGUCAUGGAGGAAAGGGCGCGCUCGGCCAGGGAGACGGCCAAGCGGCCUGUAGCGGGUUUCUGCCUGGACGGCCUCCAGUCGGGCCGUCUGGACGGUGCCCUGAGGAGCCAGCUCAUUGGCGCUGUGGUCAAGGAACUACCUGAGCACAAACCCAGGCUUGUGCAGGGUGUGGGUCGACCCGACGAGGUGAUGGAGUGUGUGGAGGCUGGCGUGGACCUCUUCGAGGGCUUCUUCCCCUUCCUGGUCACCGAGCGAGGCUGCGCCCUCUCCUUCCGCUUUGACACGGCCAACGACCCGGAGAGCGCCGACGGGGCGCCUACCUCAGAAAACACAGCAGAACAGAAUGGAGAUCAUCAUCCGGAUGACCCGAGCUGCAUGACGCCCUUCGAGAUGGAUCUCAAAGAUAAAAGGUACCGAGAUGACUUCCGGCCCCUGGUGGAAGGGUGUGGCUGCUACUGCUGCCGUAACCACAAGAGGGCGUAUGUGCACCACCUGCUGGCCACCAACGAGCUCUUGGCGGGGGUGCUGCUCACGCUCCACAACACGGCGCAUUAUCUGACCUUCUUUGCGGCCCUCCGAGAAGCCCUGGCCGCUGACAAAGUGGACCUCUUGAAAAGGCGGCUCUUCUUGGAGACAAACGUCUAAGAUGGGAUGGAAUCAGAUAGAAGAGAUGGAUUGAGCCUGGAGGAGAAACUUGCUUCCACAAUCAGCCCGGUUUUUUUGUCGCCGAUCAGCAGAUCGGCUCUGCUGUACGGAGGAGGCAAUCAAAAGUUUGAUCUUCUUUGCCUUUGCUGGGGUCUCUGGCAAAAACAACAACUUUGUCCACACAACCAAAGAAACCCCAUUGACCCGUUCUUUUUUUUUUUUUUUUUUUUUUUUCUCUCCGCGUAACGAUCCCAUUGGUCGGGCUCGAGUCGAAAUAACAGUUUGCACGGAAGCGUUCACGCUCAAGUAGUAAUAGAAAGUACAAAAUGUUUUUUUCCCUGACUCUUUAAAUUGCAAGAAUCUUUUUUUCCUUGAACAGUGGCCUGACGUUACAUAUAUUAGUGCUAACAUUAGCCAACCCGGUUUCUGUCUUUGAUGCAGAGCCGAGUCAGAACCGUGCAGUGGAAAAGCAGCUCAGCAUGCUUUUCUCCCCAGACAGAUUUCUCAUUGCAUAAUGCUUGAAUCAUCAUGAAAAAAAAGUCAUCCUAAAGAGGUGAGUCCACUUGAAUGUUGAAAAUGUGACUUUUGUUUCUGAUAAAUGUCCCAAAUCAUUUUUAGAUGUUUUUCUGGCAAACAAUGGAGACAAAAGCUUUUCUUUAAUAAUCCUGCAAUGAAUUCGAAAAUAACUUUAAUUUUAAAGUAAUUUGUAAUUCUACAAGCAAAAAUCUGCUACUCUCAAUUUGAAAAAAUUAAGUCAUUUAAAUGUUUGUUUUUCCUCAAAAGAAUCAGCUUGUCAAAUUUGCACUGAAGCACUCCCAUUAUGCCUGAGGCCCCAUCAAUUUAUUGAAUAAACAUGUUUUUGAGAUAUAUAUAUAUAUUUUUCUUUUUUUAUCACGCGCGUCAGCUUUGACUGGGAAAUCUUUGACCUUUUUUAUCAUUUCAACAAAGCGUGAAUGUCGAUUUUGGGUUUCACCUCGGGCUUGGAGUCGGUCCGUGUUGUUCUAGUUAUCACACCAAGAAAAGCGUUUAUUAAAUUUCCACUAAAUGGAUGCGGUUGACAUUACAAAACAGGAUUGUUUGGUCACGCUUGCGUUGUUCAUCUGUGAGAAAAUUCCCAUGCGAGCAAGCUGGUAGUGACAUUUUCCCUAAUUCCUGCAUCAGUAAACGUGACGUGGCAUUCUCUUUGAUGGCCUCCACUAGGCGCCAGUCCAUUUCCAUGGAACAGUAGUGAAAAUGUGGGACGAGACUAAAUGUUAGUCGGACAUUUUCCUCUGUCUGUGGUUGAAAACAUUUUUAGUCUUUGACUUUUCAUUAAUUCACGAAUCUGCAGAAGUGCCUAACUCCGAAUAAAAGCAUAUCUCAGAUAUAUCUUCUAGGUAGUCUGAUUCCAAGUCCAUUUGAAGUGUUUUACGCACAAAAGCCGCAAUUAUUUUUGCUUCUUUCAUGACGUACUCGUCGUCUAGACUUUCAAUGCGUCUUUUUCUUUUUUAAUAUCUGCCUAUAUGCGUAUCCAAGUUGUGCGUCACCUGCGGCAGUUGGCUACUUUGUUUGUGGUCAUCCAGUAUGCGUGCUGAAUGCCAUUGUACUUUUCUCCCGUUAUAAAAUCAACAAAAUGUCA